AACGUCGAUGUUGGAUGGUAAGUUUGCAAUAACAAGCGGGAACUAUCAUUACCCGCCAUCACUAACCACCUUCUCCACCAGCAGCAGCAACAACAACUAUAAUUUACCCUUCAUUUUCAAGCAAGUGACACCUUUCAACCACCACCUCGCCUUCACAUCACACUCACAGCACUUUUCUUGAUCAUCUGCUUAUUCUCGGCAUGCCUGUUAUGAGGCUUAGAUCCAAUCAUCAAAUUUCAAAAUUUCAAAUUUUACAAGAACUAUUAGAUUUCCAUGGAAAAUUCAAGAUUUCGAGUUUUAAGGCCGUUUCUUGUUUUAUUAUGUUUCUUGGUCCUUUGUUUAAGACCCAUUGCCCCUGAUCAGGAAAUGUAUAAGGGGCCAGGGCCGAAUGAAGAUACGAGUGCUAAUUUUGCAAAAUCAGAAGAAGAAGGAGAUAAUUACACCGACUAUAAAAGUGCUCGCCUUCAAGGUACAUCAGAGCUUUGCAAUAUCGACAUGAGUACUUUUCUUCCACCACCAUAUAACACUAUAUCGGGCUUGGUCUGUUCACCUGUCUGGAACACAUUUAUUUUGAGGUAUCAUAAGAGAGAAGAGAACUUAGUGACAUUUAUAAUAUCUGCUGUAUACACGACUGGAUGGGUAGGAAUUGGAUUUUCAAAAGAUGGAAUGAUGGUUGGUUCAAGUGCUAUGGUGGGUUGGUUCAACAAGGAAGGCCAUGCAAGAAUCAAACAAUACUACUUACAAGGUUCGAGGCCAUCACAAGUUAUAGCAGAUGCUGGUGAACUAGAACUCACUAAAAUUCCACCUGCUGUUGUGCUUCAUGGACCCAUGAUCUAUCUCGCUUUUCAAGCCAAGUUUCAGAAACCUCUUACUCAACAAAGAAUCAUAUUCGCUUUUGGUACCAAAUAUCCUAAUCACCACCGUCUAUCCAUUCAUGAUGAUAAGACCUCUGUUCUGUUCGAUUUCACUAAAGGUUCUGCCCAUGCCGAGUUUAUAAGUCCUGGGCAGAUGAAGAAAAAUCAUGGGAUAUUGGGUAUUUUUGCAUGGGGUCUGCUCCUUCCUGUUGGAGGAAUAUUUGCAAGAUACAUGAAGCAUAAAGAUCCACUUUGGUAUUAUUUACACGCAGGUACUCAAUUUGUGGGAUUUCUGUUUGGGCUAGCUAAUGUGGUUCUUGGAAUACAACUCUAUGCUAAAAUUAAUGCCAGAAUACCAGCACAUAGGUCCAUUGGAAUCUUCGUUCUUACACUUAGCAUUCUUCAGAUACUAGCAUUUUUUCUGCGGCCAAAGAAAGAUGCAAAGAUCCGCAAGUACUGGAAUUGGUAUCAUGGCUGGGUUGGAAGGGUUGCCCUCUUCUUUGGAUCUCUAAAUGUGGUGUUGGGAAUCCAUGCAGGAUCUGCAGGGGUUGCUUGGAAGAUAUGCUAUGGGUUUCUAGUUAGUGCAAUAUUAGUCACUGUUAUCAUUCUAGAAACAGUGUCUUGGAUGUGGAAAUCAGAAACUAGAAAUACAUCUCCUUCCUUCCAAAUGAAUCCAAUUUCAUAAUAAAAAAUUUUCACUUUUCAGGAUCGUCCUUCCAGUUGCAGAACUUUGAACAGAGAUGGUCACAACUCACAAGUAUCAAACAGUGCAACAUUUCCCAUUUUUUCUAAGGACAAAAAGGUAAGGCUGAACAAUUUUGGACUUGCAGGUCUGAACCUGUGCAUAGAACUGCUCUACAAGCUGUUCAUUAUGUGGAUUUUUUUGUGUGUGAAUGGUUGAGGGACUAUUACAUGGUUGGAUACAAUUGUUUAUCAAGCUGAAGCAACCAAGUUUCAGCUUUUUUUGUUGAAAAGAAAGAACUAACUUUGAGCUGCUUCUUUUUCUUAUUAUGUGCUUGUUUUGCUAUUAUAGUUUGUAGAUGAAGGUACAGCUGGAUUUAUUCAGGAAAAAA